AAUAAUAACACUUUCUGGAGGAGGCAUACAUAAGGUGAAUGGUAUUGGUCCGAGCAUCCCUUGUGGAGCUCAUUCAUCGUUAAAGUGUUACAAACUGAGAUCAGUCUGAUAAAUAGGACUUUAACCAUCCUAAUGCAGUUCUUUUAAUGCCAAUUAUAUGUUUAAGUCUUCAGUCUCCUGUAAUAAGAUAUGAUGGUCAGUCAUGUCAAAUGCAGCACUAACAUCUGACAAUACAAGUACAGAGAUCCCAAAUAGUAGGUCAUUAGUAACUUGAAGAUGCAGUCUUUGUUUAUUUAUUAAUUUAUGAAAUUACUGUGUCCCAUACAGCCUUUCCAGCCUUGGCAGGAAAGUUAGAAGUAGAUAUAAUGAACAUUUAUAUAUUUUAUCAUUUUGAUUUAUUGAAACUGUGACUACUGCAAAAAUUUAGAUUUUUAUCAAUAUCAGAUGGAGAAGAACUGCAAUUUUAAGAAGAAUAAGAAAGAAAUAAGAAAUUUUAAAUAUGCAUGCUUAAAUAUGUGCAGUAGGAGUUGAUGUGUGUUUAGGCAUGUUUGAUUACACUGAUGUGUUUGGGGUUGUAUCAAGAGUAUCUAAGUCUGUGUGCAUGUGUGUGUGUAUAUCUCAGUCAACUGUGCGGUAUGGACGGUGUCCCUCUGAAGAUGCCACAGGGUGCCUCACAUGAAGCCAAAGAAGAGAUCAAAGUUAUUGUCCCAGAUUAUCUUGGAAUUCUGUGGGAGACAGAGUAUGAAUUCAGUCUGGAAAACUGGGUGCUAAGUGGGCUGCAAAGUGGCACCACGAGCCAGCGGUGGCCUCAGCUCUUCUCCUCUUCAUCAGGACUGCUGCCCUCUUGUCCACCAUACUGGAUGAUGCUCACCAGCCCACAGCAGAGCCAUCUGGUGAGCCGCCACUGCUCCGACUUCUGGGAGCCCAAUCCUAGACAGCGCUCCCACAGCCUCAACCCUGCUGUCCUGCGCACAAAAUUUGACCUGUCAGAUUCUGAGGAUGAAGGAGAGAGUGCCAAAGAGAAAACCAAGGCAUGUCUGUCCAUGAAAGACAGUGGAGAGCAUCUUGCUGCUUCAUGUCAACGUGGUCAGAGAACAGCUCAGAAAGCCUUUGUUCCAGACCUUCUGAACCCUCCUGCCUGCCUCAGCAGCCUACCACACCAGCGCAGGAAAAACUUACGACAGUGCUCCCUGUCAGUGCUGAACACAUCCAAACAAUGUGAUUCCAAUACAGAAAGCCAAUACAAAAGCCCAUCUUCACACAGGACCCCCAACACCAGAGUCCCCAACACCAUUGCCAAUACAGAUGAAAGGCUCUACAGCGCAACGUAUAUGUCUCUCCGUCCAGACUCCUGUAGAAACCCCACUGCGACCAUAUUUCACCAGGGCCUCACCUCCUCUGGUUUGGACUCACCAGCAGAACUCCUGUUGGCUUUAAGUCCAGAGGAGAGAGAGCUGCUGGGGGACAUCACUGCCCGGGGUUACCCGCUCCAUAUGGCCAUCAUCGCCUUGCAGAAGAUGGGUCGACAAACGCCAGAUCAGAUUUUGAGUUACCUGGUGGCAUGUGACCAUCUGUGUCAGCUGGGUUAUGAUAUGGCCCAGGUGGAAGAGGCUCUGGAGAUGUUUCAAAACUGUGAAAGAAAGGCAAAGGAGUUCCUUCACCUGUUGAGUCAGUUUAAUGAGAUGGGAUUCCACCAGAACACCAUCAAAGAAGUGCUGCUGGUCCAUGAAAACCACCGAGAACGGGCACUUGAAGAGCUGAUGAUGCGUGUGGCAUGAUGGCUACACACACACACACACUUUACAUAAAUACACUGUAACCUAAGAUUUAUUUUUACUGCUGGAAAAUAUGAAAUUCAUGUUGAUAAGGAACUGAAAGAACAACUAAACUCAUAGUUGAAAUGGAUGUGGCCUACAAAAGUAUGUUCUUGAUAUAUUGCAAUUAUAUGGAUGAUGAUGGCGACAGUGUUGAUAUUAAUAAUGGUAAUAUAGAGACUGGAGGAGUCAGAGUGUGUCGUCCAACCUUCAGAAGGAUCCCUGGCUCCCCUGCCCCUGGUUUGUAUGUCAAAUUGUCCUUGAGCAAGACACUGAACCCCAGUUCGGUCCCAAUGCUGCGCUUUUGCUGUGUGAAUGUGUGUGAAUGAUCAUGGCUUCUGAUGACUUCUAGCAACCUCUGCUAUCAGUGUGUGAAUGUGUGUGUAAAUGGGUGAAUGAAACAAUAGUGCAAAAGUGCUUUGAGUUGUCGGUAUGACUAGAAAAUUGUAAUAUAAGCACAGUCUGUUGCCAUUUACCAUUUAAUUGUGAUUGUGAUGAUGAUGAUGCCCAUAUUUCAGAUUUUCAUCCAUGUCAACACUUUAUUCAACUCAGCUGAAAGUGUUGUCUUUGUAUGUGUCUGUCGAUGUUAAUAUCUGGUAUUUUCUCAGUUUGUAUUAUCUACAUUA